AUGAAUAAACAGGAGCAAGAUUUACCUUUAAAAGCUGUUGCUUGUGAAUUAUUGGACAAAAUUGUUUUGAAGCAAUUGCACUUAAUGGAAGAAAAAAUGCGUUGCGAAUUAAACAUUGAAUCCAGCAUCAAUAAUGGGAGUAUACAUUUAGCUAAGUCACGAUAUAUCAUGGGACAGAGUUCGGUGAGUACUGCGCGAUUACCUACAGAGAGUAGCUCAGAUUUCUCAGCAUCUACAGUGUGUGAAACUGCUGAAGAAGAUGGAGUUACGCAAUUAAAGGUUGUAGAAAACGAAGCAGAAGAUACAGUAAAUCCACUCCGCUGGUUUGGCGUUUUAGUUCCUCAAAAUAUGCAUAAAGCUCAAAGUAUAUUUCAGAAUGCAAUUAACUAUGUAGUUGAAUGUGUCAAUGUCCAAUUGCAAAUUCAGACUAAUCUGAAAAAUAUGGAGGUGUUAAGAAGUUACAUUAGUUCAGAGAAGUUGUCCUCAUAA